GCCUAAUUUUUGAUACGAAGGCUUAUAUUUCAGAGAAGCAAAUGGGCCAGCGAUAGAAUAAUAUGGGCUGGGUUAAGUGUCUUUUAACCUAAGGUAUAUAAGCUGGGAUGAGAGUUAGAGAGCUCUUUUAUCAAGUUGUUGAUCAUUCAUGUCAUGGGGAGAAGUUCCAUGGUGGAAUCCAGCAGUGGAAGAGCAAGCGAUCAUGAGAAUUCAUCGCAUAGGGCAGGUACAGAAGAUUCAUUGUCAAGUGGAGGAACGGAAGCAUCGGAUGAUUACUGGAGGUUUGACUGACGAAGAAGUUCAGUCAAGUGGGCGAGACUUGAGCUAUCAAAGCCAUAGGAGCCAAGGUGCUACACUGCUAGUCUGCUACUUAUCAUAUAAAAAGCUGUCACACAAUCAUUAAUAUGACGAUUAUAACAACUCCAAGACACAACAAUAGAUUAUUAAGGAGCUGUUUUUCAACAAAUCUUUUUACUAAGACGAAUUUAUGUAGAGCGGUUUUGUAUUGUUAUGUGGAUGAUAUGGUUGUCACUCAGUAU